UUGCGCAUUCUGUGGAAUCACAAAAAUGGCGUCUGCUAAGUUUCUUGAGGAAGCUCUGAGUACAGACGUUGAUGAAUCUGUUGUAAGUGCUAUUGUAGGCUCUCUAGAAACUCAGUUAGUUACUUCAGCACCUCAUGUUUCGAGUCAAAGUGGUUCAUCUAUAGUGAUUAAUCAUAAUCAUUUAAACAGUGGUAUAUCCAACGGUGGAACGGUUGUCCGACAGAAACUCGGUACUAGUGCCAACGAUGAUUCUAUGGAUGUGGUUUCUACAGACACAAAUGAUCAAGUGAUUAAUAAUGCAAUGCAAAUGAGUAGUGGCCAAGUACAAUCUGUUGGAGGCACAGUGACAACAAAUUAUAUUCAACAAAAUCCCAAUUCUAUAGACACUACAAAUAAGUGUAAUGAAGGUGUCAGGGUAGUUUAUAGUCAAGGAAACCAAACAAUAUCUAGUGCUGGUGCCAUUAUGACGAACAGAGUUGCUGUGUCGGGGCAAUCAUUGCCCAAUGGAACUAUUGGCAUCUCACCUCAUCAGGUGCUUCAAACUUCCUCGAAUAUCCAGACUCUACAAAAUAAACAACCUACCUUAGUGAUAAAAACAAGUGGAGCCCCUGUUGGUACCCCUGGUUUAGUGACUGUGCCUAUGAAUGUUACUUCUUCAGUUCCACAGGCAAAUAAUGUAGGUAGCCCAAGCACUCAAUCUCCAAAUGUCUUAUCGAAUCUUCAGGUUGUUAAUGUUCGACCGGGUGUUUCUACUGCACAGAAAGGACAACCAGCUCGUGUGGUGCUCAGUUCACCUCAAAUUGUAGGGCCUCGGCCCGGACCUGCACAAAUUACACUGCAGUCAUUCCAUGGAUUACAACCUGGCCAACAAGGACAUUUACUGCUAAAGACUGAGAAUGGGCAGUAUCAGUUGCUCAGGGUGGGACCUGCCCCAGCUUCUGCCAAUAUUGCCGGAAAUUCUACACCUGGUGGACAACCUGUCACUUUUCGCAUGCAGACAGUUGCACAACCGGCAGCGACAACAACAGUAGCUACAACUCCUAACCAGCAGGCGCCUGGUACCAUCACGGUGACCUCAACUGGACAAAUCGCAGUGCAAACUGUACAAAGAACGGCGAAUGACAAUACCAAAGAGAAAUGUCGAAAGUUCCUAGCAAAUCUACUGGAAUUAUCGAGUAGAGAGCCGAAAGCUGUUGAACGGAACGUUAGAACACUGAUUCAGGAACUUAUAGAUAUGAAGGUUGAACCAGAGGAUUUUUGUGACAAACUAGAGAGGUUGCUAAAUGCCUCUCCUCAGCCAUGUCUUAUAGGAUUUCUGAAGAAAAGUUUACCAUUACUGCGGCAUUCUCUGGCUACAAAAGAAUUAUCGAUAGAAGGUAUUCGGCCCCCGCCAUCAAACUUGGUGUACUCCGUGAGUAAUGCAACGGGAACGGUCCAGACCCAAAUUCGACCUGGCAUUGCAUCUAAUCCAGUAAGAAUAGUCGCUCCUGGUACGACAGUGGUCCGCGGAGCGAACCAAGUUCUACAGCCGCGGUUGGUUACUCCGAUUAGAGGUCAAACUGCCACAAGGAUGGUUACUGCCAUAAGACAGCCGUCUGCAUCCAAUAACGUCAUAGUGACGAACUCUCAACCACCCGCUCUUCAUCCCGUGUAUCCGAAUAAUGCACAACUCAGGCCAGCUGUAGUCAGGCAGCCUCUACAAAAAAUCGGUGUUUCCACAAUCAGACAGCCGAUAACUGUUCGUACUGCCGUACCUGCGAAUAAGAUGCAGGGCAUAAAACCAUCAGUGCCUUCCAUGAGUUCACGACCUACGACGAAAGAUAAGGAAAAAAAUUCAUUUUCAACGUAUGCCGGAGAUGAUGAUAUCAAUGAUGUAGCUGCUAUGGGUGGCGUGAAUUUGGCCGAAGAAACUCAAAAAAUAUUAGGUUCAACAGAAUUCGUUGGAACCCAGAUAAGAUCCUGCAAAGAAGAGCUCAUGUGCUCGAUGGGUCCUUUGCAGCAGAAAAUCAAGCAAGUGAUGAUGAGACACGGCUUGGAAGAACCAAAUACCGAUGUGGCGGCCUGCAUUUCGCACGCGGCGCAAGAAAAGUUGAAAAACCUGUUGGAAAAAUUGGCCAUCGUAUCAGAGCAUCGAGCAGAUAUCAUCAAAACUGAAAGGAGGUAUGAAGCCUCGAAUGACAUAAAAGGACAAUUGAAGUUUCUGGAAGAAGUCGAUAGGGCGGAAAGGAAAAGGCACGAAGAAUUAGAGAGAGAAAUGCUCUUGAGAGCAGCGAAGAGCCGAUCAAAAACGGAGGAUCCCGAACAGGCGAAAUUGAAAGCCAAAGCGAAAGAGAUGCAAAGGGUCGAAAUGGAGGAAAUGAGGCAGAGGGAGGCUAACGCUACUGCCCUAAAAGCGAUAGGUCCAAGGAAAAAACCCAGACUGGAUACAGAUUCCCAACAGAACGGACUGCAGAACAACUUGAACGGUGGCAGUAACUUCAGGGCUGGACAACCGUUAAGGCAGAGAAUGAAAAAGAUCGCAUUGAGAGACGUACAAUUUCUAUUCGAAACCGAGAAAGAACUGUGUAGAAGUAAGUUACUCUUCAAGUCGUAUCUCAAGUGAUGUCGGCUCUACAACUUUGCGAUGUUGAAGAACAUUAAAAACCUUUGGAAAAUCAGAUUUGUCCGGACAACGGGACGACUUCCAGAGCAUGAUUUUGGAUCCUCACCGUAUUUCCCUCACGUCGAAUUCGAAAUUCGGGUCAUCCAAAUAUCGUGCUCAUCAAAAACUUACGUAGAUGUCAUUUUGAGGAUUUCGUCGUGCAGUUUGAAAGCCGAAAAAACAACCGGAUUUCGUUAGAAACCAGUUUUUUUUUUUUUGUUUUGUUAUGAAACGUCUCAAAUUCUAAAUAUGAACAGUUCCAUAGCCAUCCUCAGUACUUGGAAACUAUGUUCUCGGAAAUUAACUAUAAGUCACUCAAUCUGUGUUGUUCCGAUGAUCAGCUAGAAAUAUUGUGAGGAAACAUUUCACCGACAUUUCAAUAUGAGGAAUUGAGUAGAUGCGUAUAGCAUUGUCACUUUAUUUUUGAUACCAUUUUUGCUAUAAUUGAUUUGUGUUUGAAAUGUUGCGUAGGAGCAUUCGACGAUAUUUCAACCAGCUGUGUAUUCCUGAAAGAAAAAUUCGGCAAUUGCUUUCUGAACCACUUUUUCGAAAUUUUAACAAUGGUCAUUUUUCCCGAAGUAAAUACAGGUGUCCCACCGGUACUGCCUAUUUGAAGUUUACGGAGAGCUACAUUUUGAAUCAGUGUGAAAUUUUGUACAAGGAAAUGAGGCAAAUGGAGUUUUUUUUUAGAUUCCAAGGUAUCAACUAGCUAAUUUGACGAAUGUAUUUUCAAAUUUAUUAAUUUCGUUUAGCUAUGUUGAGUAUCUUUCUAGUUAUUCACCGUUUUCUGAAAACAAUGACCGCUUCAUCAUUAGGGGCCCAAUUCAUAACCUCAGAUCUAUUUCA